GGAAAACUUGUACUAGCACAUAUUUUUGUCCCUGGGAGCUGAGAACGCUGAGUAUUCCAUGGAAUUUCUGGACAGGUCCAGCUUAGAUUGUACAAGUUAAUGGCUAAAUAAAGUGUUGACUACAAUCCUGGGCAGCUUAAAAUGAAACAAUAUUCAUCCUUCAAGGAAUUCAAAGCAAUGAGGCUAUGAGAAGCAGAGGAACAUUUUCUACAAAGAAAACACUCAUUUCUAAGAGAAAAUCUGACCUGGUCUCCAUCAAGGUCUUCUCUCUCAGCAGUCAUGAAGGACCGCAUGGAGGAGUUGCAUCAACGGAUGAAGGUCAACGAUGGGCCGGUGGACAACAACCCUUUCAGCAAGGAUGAGGAUGCAGACCCGGCAUCAGUGGUAGGCCUGCAGGCUGUCAUCUUUGAAGCGGAGCCUGUCCUGGACAACUUCCUGAAGGAUGCUCAGAGCAUUCACGAGAGCAUUGAGGAGCUGAUCUCUGAGGUCAAGAAGUUCGGCCAGCAACAGAGAAACUUUGUGGCUACCAUGAGGCGCCUCAGUGUCAUGAAGAAAGAGAGUAGCAUGACUCGAGACAUCAAGCUGAUGGCCGAGAGCCUGCAUAAGAAGUUAGACACGCUUUCCAAGCGGGCCAAACGCACAGAGGCUGAGUUGGGCCCAGGUGCUGCCACUUCCCGCAUCCAGAAGGCCCAGCACGCAGCCCUCUUCCACCAGUUCCAGCAAGUGAUGCGUCAAUACAAUGACUCGCUCCUGAGCAAGCAGGACAAAUGCAAGCAGUUCAUCAUUCGCCAGUUGGAGGUUUCAGGCCGUGAGGUUUCUGAAGAGGAAGUGGACAAUAUGAUAGAGCAGGGCAAGUGGGAGAUCUUCAACGAGAACAUCAUGGUAGAUGCAAAGAUUACCCGAACGCAGCUAUCAGAGAUAGAGCAGCGCCACAAAGAGCUUUUAAACCUGGAAAGCAACAUGAAGGACCUUCGAGAUCUCUUUCUAGAUGUGUUCAUGCUGGUGGAAGAGCAGGGGCACCAGAUCGACAACAUACAAGCCAAUGUAGAGAAGACCCAAGACUAUGUAGCGGCCACCAAUGAGAAAUUUAAAAUGGCUGUCAGACACAAGAAAAAUAACCCUCUCAGAAGACUGUGCUGUUGUUGCUGUCCUUGGUGCAGAUAGCACGCCAAGGCAGGCACAAUAAACAGUGGGAACGUUUCCCAGUUACUGCACUCUCAAGGGUAAAACUGGGGGAUGAAUACACUGACCACAGAUAUUGACCUCUGGUGAAGAUAAAAAGCAAGGGCACAAAGCACUUUUAGACAACAUUAAAGCAGGAAGGCUCUGUACCAAUGAAGUCUUAGCUGGAUGUUGGUAUGCAAUGCAUUUGGUUGUAUAAACAUUUCACAAGAGGAUAUGUGAUCAUUUGUUACAUCACAUAAAUUAUGUAAGUGUAAAAUUUAUUUUUAUUUUGUUAUUGUGGAAAAGGCAAAUAGCGGGUCCCACAUUUCUUUUUUGGAUUCAGCUUCAAAAUUUCACUGUGGUCAAUAUAUUUAACUAAAAUUAAAUAUAAUUUUUCUUCCAGUAUUAUUGCUUGUAGAAUAUUAGUUUUCAUUUAUUAUCUGUUUUGAA